AUGACCAAGCAAGCACAGAUGUCGCUGAGACAUGAGUGCGAAUAUGCUGGCAAUGUGGGCUUGGGAGAGCACAUCUUUGCUUGGAACUCUGUUCUGCCGUGUAUGCCCAAAAACAUCCUGACACAGUGCAGGUGUCCGUUCCUGACAGAUGGUGCUCCGGGGACACGCUCGUUCUCGCGGACGCUGCCACCCGCCCAAAGGAACAAUUCCUGCUCUCUUGCCAUCAGCCCGCGGAGGAAGCGGGCAAGAGUCAUGCCCAUCUACGAGGCGUCUGGUCGGCUGCUUUCGUCUGGUUUCCUCCAGCUCUCCUGGAGCGUCAGCAAAGCUUGCAGGAGAAUGUUGGCUGACAAAAGGCUCGAAAACCUACAGAUCUACAAAGUUCUCCAGUGCGUUCGCCAGAAGGACAAGAAGCAGAUUGAGAAGCUCACCAAACUUGGCUACCCGGAACUCAUCAAUUUCACUGAGCCAGUCGAUGGAGAGGCUGCCCUCCACUUGGCCUGCGUUGCCAACGACAUUGACAUGUGCAACUUUCUCUUGGAGCUUGGAGCUCAUCCAGAUGUCCAGGAUAAGAUGGGCCGCACCCCCACGAUGAAAGCCGCUGAGCUGGGCCAUGACUUGGCCUUGGAUGUAUUAGUCCAGGCCGAGGCAGACAUGACCAUCGUUGAUGUUGAAGGAAAAGGUGUUCUGUUUUACUGCAUUCUGCCCACCAAACGGCACUUCCGCUGUUGUCAGAUGGUCCUGGAAUAUGGGGCGGAUGUUAACAACUGCACUUUUGAGGGGAAGCCAGUUUUCGUACAAGCCUGUGAGCAGGCGCAUGAGAUCAGAGACAUGUGCAUGACAUUUUUGGAAAGAGGAGCAGACCCUAAUGCAACAAACCCAGCGACCGGCCGCACAGCCCUGAUGGAAGCAGCCAGAGAAGGGGUUUUGGAUGUGGUCCGCGGUAUUCUUGAGAGAGGUGGAAAUGUUAAUGUUUUUGACAAUGAAAGACACCAUGCCGCACAUUUUGCUGCCAAAGGAGGGUUUUUUGAGAUCCUGAAGCUUAUUUCCGCCUACAAUGGAGAUGUGGGUUUGAUAGCCAUGAACGGAAACACGCCACUGCACUACGCUGCUGCUGGGGGUUUUGCCGAGUGUUGCAAAUUUAUAGGUCAAAGAGGCACUGACCCUACAUGGAGGAACCUAGAGAAAAAGACACCGAGGCAGGUGGCUAAAGACGGUGGAUUCAAAGCAGCAAGCAAGGAGAUUCGUAAGAUUGAGCGGCGCUUUGCCAAAUUUAACAAGCCCAAGCCUGGGGUGAAGAACCCGAACCCGCCCUGGGCUGUUAGGCUGCACGACUGGGCCGUAGAACACCAGGCAAGUCUCCGCGAAGCAUUUGAGAUCGCGGAUCGAGGGGACGGGGCCGUGAACAAGGAAGAUUUUGUGUCCAUCAUCGAAGAGAGGUGUCCGUUUGUGGAUGCUGAAAACUUAAUGACAAUUGCUCAGGCUCACGAGAAAACGCGAGCGGGAGGGAUUAAGUUCGAGGAGUUCCUUAAGGGCAACCGGUUCUUGCAGAAAGCCUUCCUCCUUUCAUCUUAUGGUCCCAAGAAGAAGAAACCCAAGAAAGCGAGAGGCAGGAAAGCCAAGUUUGUCGCCCCUAUGCCAAUCUGCGUCAUUCCGGAGAGUGCGUACCCGCGGCGGGCAGAUGGCGGGCCACCCGAGUACAUGAUCGAAACCUAUAAGAACGUGACGGACUGCAACCGGUUCAAUCGGGACCACCCUCCUGAGCACCCUAUCCAAGAUGAUUCCUGGUGGUACAUUGAUGACCCGUUGAAGACUUUCGCCCACAUCAACUACCUCGCUAAAGACGGAGACCUUUCGUCCAUGAAGAAAGCCUUUGAGGCAGGGGUAUCAGUUGACAUACGAGACCAUUUCUACAAAACUCCUUUGAUGGCCGCUUGCGCAAGUGGGAACAUCGAAGUGGUGAAGUUUCUCCUGGAAAGGGGGGCUAAUGUGAACACAACGGACAAUUUCAUGUGGACUGCUCUCCACCAUGCAUGCCAUGCAGGCCAGCAGGAUAUUGUUGAACUGCUCAUUAAUUCCGGAGCAAAAGUAGAUGCUAUUUCAAUCAACUAUGGAACCCCAUUGAUGAGAGGCCUUGAGAGCUGCCGACUGGACACAGUGCAUCAUUUGGUCAACUCUGGUGCUAAGCCUCAGCUGACAAACAGAAAAGGACAAAACGCUCUGGAAGUUGCAAAGGCUUAUGCUGACACCCGGCUGGUCCACUACAUUCAAGACACGCUGGAACGCAUGCCGAAGCCACCGGAAAGCAAAGGGGACAAGCAGAAAGGGAAAAGGGGGGCCAAGCCAAAGGCGCCGGCCCCGGCAGCCUCAGGAACCUCAGGAGCCCCAACAACCCCAGCAACACCUGCCACUCCCAAGGCAAAGACGCCAGAUCCUGCGUCGAAAGAGUCCAUGAAAGAUGAGGUUCUGCCGUUGCCGGAACAAGUCGCUGAGAAAUCUCUCUUCGAGGAGAAGAAAGAAUCCCUCAAGGAUAAUGUCGUCCAUCUGAAUUCACUGAUAACUAGAGGAGCCACAAGGAAAGUUAAUAUCACUUUCACACCACAGAGGACUUGGAGUCCAGAAGCGACGACCCAAGACCUUCUAAGGAAGAGAGAGAUGCGCCGGCAGCGUUUUAGUUACGAGGUGGACUUUGAUGACUUCAUGAUGCCCUUUAAGAGGAACUUUAUGGAGAAAGCCCGUUUGUUACAACAGGGUGCUAUCUUGCAUUAAUCACUGUGGUAUUCCUGCAAGGAUGUCCAGGAAGGAAAGGAUCCAGCUCCGAAGAGGGCAGCAAUCAUGUUAUCCUGAACUGUGA